AUGAUAACUGGGGCAGGGGGAACGCGUGUCCGAGCCCCGCGGAGUUGUGGGGCUGGGGGUGGGGGUUGGGGGUGCGGUGGGGAGAAGGAGGAGAGUCGAAACGACGACGACGGCACACAAUUCCGCCUCUGUUCCCUCCUAGAAACCUCCGAGUGCUUCCGAGUGAACGGCGCCGAUUACCGGGGUCGUCAAGACCGCACCGCGCCGGUCAAUGGGAGGCCUUGCCUGUACUGGAACCAGACCCGCCAGCACACCUACAACACGCUCAAGUACCCCAACGGACAGUGGGGGCUGGGGAACCACAACUACUGCCGUAACCCAGAUGGUGAUGUGCAGCCGUGGUGUUAUGUUUCGGAGAAUGAGGAAGGCAUUUACUGGAAGUACUGUAAUAUUCCAAGCUGCAGCAUGCCCGGAUACGUAGGCUGCUUCUCGGAUUCGGGGAACCCGCCCGCUCUGGCCGGCAGCAGCGGCACCUCCACCAAGCUCACCGUUCAGGUCUGCAUCCACUUCUGCCGCAAGAAAAGCUACAAGUUUGCAGGUGUUGAGGCUGGUUACGCCUGUUUCUGUGGCAACACCGUCGAUCUGAGCACUAGGGAGCGGGUGAGUGCCGUGGAGUGUGACCAGGUCUGCUUCGGGAAGUCCAGCGAGCUCUGUGGUGGAGAUGGGCGCAUCGGAAUAUACGAUGUGUCGGUUGGAGCCUGUGAGGGAAACGUCACCGGCGCCAGCGGAGUGGUCUACUCCCCAAACUUCCCGGACAAUUAUGGAGCGGACAGCAACUGCACCUGGAACGUCCGGCCGCAAGGGGCAGGGAGCAUCCGGCUGGAUUUCCGACUCUUCGAGGUCCGAGACGGGAACGACCGGCUGGAGCUCCGGGACGGGUACAGCCAACGGGUCCUGGCGUCGUUCGAUGGUCAGCGGCACCCACCCCAGAGGCUCAUCUUCCACACCGACUUCCUCACGGUUCACUUCCUGUCCGACGAGAUCGUCCAUGCUCAAGGGUUUGCCCUGCUCUUCACAGGACUCAGGUACAACUCAUCGCAAGCUGAGGAGGUCAGAGGCACCGCCAGUUUCUCCCAGUUCUAUCCCACUGCGGCUGACAGGCUGAAUUCGAGCUAUUCGACUGGGAAGGCCACCACAAUUGCAGCCUGGGUGAUGUACACGGCUGCAGGGGUCUUUGCUGCUGUCGCCAUUGGUAUUCUGUACCACUUGCGCAAGAGGAGCUGCCUGUACGUGCCGAGGAAGACCACGUCCGGGGUCUUGGUGAUCCGUCGGCUGAGGGAGCGCUGCCAGUGCCCGCCGGGGGAGGCCUGGUCGGUGGUCUACAAGCACACGCGGGUGGUGAUCUGCAGCGAGAGCGGCGCCCGGGACCAUCACCGCGAGUACGUCUGCAUCAGCCAGGGCUACAACAACCUCUCGGCCACCAACCAGUCCUCCCUCAAGUCCCUCAUCUCCAGCAGCUAGCCGGAGGUGGUCGAACACGGCGGCGCUGGAGGUCGCUUGGCGCACGACCAG